AUUUGCACAUAGAAAUUCAGAAAUGGUAUACACUGAUCAUGGUCAUAGAGAGGAAAGACGUGGAUAUAACUUAUGUACCAUUUAGAUAUUAACUAUAAGCGUCUCUCUCUCGUGGUGCUGGUGGAUGGUUGGUGUUCAUGCAAAAGUUGUCUUGUCUCAGCCAAGGUCUCACUCAGCAAACUAAUUUUUGUAUCCACUUUCUGCACCAGAUGCGAAUAAAUAAAGUAUAGAUUGAUUUUGUGGUAAACAUUCUUCACUCAAUCGGCGUGGGGGACCACUAAUCGAGUUCGGAAUAAAAUGUAGUUAUCUGAGAUUGAGAUCAUGUCCCUGGUCGAUAGUGAAUACUCGCUGCAUGAGAAUAAUUGUCGUCCUCGUGGGAUGAUGGGCAAGCGUGCGAAUCUCCUCAGUUUGGGGCUCCCACUGGGGUCCGGACUUGUCCUCAUUGCUCUCCUUAAUACGAUAUUCACGGCCCACUCGGUUCUCAACUUGGUGGAAAUUGUGACACUCACGGGAAGUUUCAUAGUUAAGAGUCACCUCCUUCCCGUUCUCAUGGUCGGAUUUCUAUUCAUUCUCACCACAUAUUUAUGGAUCGCAGUCAUUUUCACGGGCCGAAGUUAUCACGUGUCCAUCUGGAUCGCUGGGAGCUUACUCUUACUAAUCUUAAAAAUCGUGAUAUCCUCCUGGACACUUCUGGUCUCGCUCUCCCUGCGGGACGCUCUCUACUGGCGGAAGUUGUGGGUGCUCGGGGUGGACAUCGGGAUGGAGGUGUACAUCAUUUCCAUCGCCGUCAUUGCGGCCAACGUUCUCUGGCGACUGGACGACAACGACCGCGAGAUGAUUUCCCAAACCCCGCAAAACUACUCCCCCUACGAGGCGAGUGACGCCGACCUGUCCUUCGCACCGGAACAAGCCUUCCUGCCCCUCCCCCCGGUCGGCCUCAAGCCAAAAGCCUUCGCCCAGUUCUACGCCACGCCCAGCAACAUCGAACUCGGGACGAGAGUCCUACUUCUUCUCGACAUUAUAUACUCAAUUUAUAUUCUCACCACGGAGAAAAUCCCACAAGUCUUGUUGACCAAUGACAGAGGAGACACCACGACGCACGAUUACGACGAAAUUAAUGAAGGUGGAAUGUCCAACCUUUCCAAUUUCGGAGAAAGUCGAGUCCUCCUCAUCUUCGUGGAGGACACGGUGAUCAGACUGGGUCGCGUUGUGACGGGCGUCCUCAUUGCUUCCUUACUCAUGAAAAUGAACUUGAGGUCCAAACGCUACUUGGGAUACGCCCUGUUCGCCCAACUGUGCCUGAUUUCCUUCUCCAUGCUGAACUACUUUGCGUUGUUCGGCCUCUUUGAGCAGCUCUCCGUCUCGGACCGCUUCUACCAGGUCAAGAUGACCUUCGAAAUCCUCCUCCGCCUCGGCCUCGUCGGAUUCCUCGUCAAAACCGUGGAGCGGAGGAGACUCGCGUUGGAAGGCAUCGUCUGACACUGUACGAGCAGCUAUUUAUAUUUAACAAGAGUAAUAUAUUUAAUUUUAAAAUUCAAAAUACAUAUUUACGAGAUGAAUUUCAUAAAAUAAAAAUUUAUACGACAGCCGAA